UUGCCGCAGCAGCAGCAGCCGUGGCCCCGUUCUGACUAAAAAGCAGUUCCGGGCGGGCGGGCCGUCGCGGCGACUCAUCGACCGGCCCCGCGCCCCCGAGCGGGCCACCUUGGCGGCGUAGGAAGCCGCGGAGACCCAGGUUCAGGGCUCGGAUCGAGUCCAGCCUGCUGCGCCCGCCUCGGCCUGGUGAGUUUGCAUCGAGGAGCCGCCCGGGCUGAGAAGCUCUGCCCCGGCCACGCUCAUCAUCCCUCCCGGCACUGCGGCCACAGUGACAACCCUGGACUGCACCCACCGCCCUCCCCCAGCCCCGGUCUCUCCCCGAGGGUGCCCGGCGUGUGCAUCGCAGGUGCCCUCCGCCGCGGGUCAGCAUGGUGCAGCCGCAGACGUCCAAGGCGGAGAGUCCGGCCUCGGCCUCGGCCGCGGCCGGCGCUGCCCAGAUGGAUGAUGUCGUCGACACCCUGACCUCCCUGCGCCUCACCAACUCGGCGCUGCGGCGGGAGGCGUCCACCCUGCGCGCCGAGAAGGCCAACCUCACCAACAUGCUGGAGAGCGUGAUGGCCGAGCUGACCCUGCUGCGCACGCGGGCGCGCAUCCCGGGGGCGCUGCAGAUCACCCCGCCCAUCUCCGCUAUCACCUCGGGCGGGGCCCGGCCCAUGACCACGCCCCCCACCUCGCUGCCAGAGCCGUUCUCGGGAGACCCCGGCCAGCUGGCUGGCUUCCUGAUGCAGAUGGACAGGUUCAUGAUUUUCCAGGCCUCGCGCUUCCCGGGAGAGGCCGAGCGGGUGGCCUUCCUCGUGUCCCGACUGACGGGGGAGGCGGAGAAGUGGGCCAUCCCCCACAUGCAGCCGGACAGCCCCCUGAGGAACAACUAUCAGGGGUUCCUGGCAGAGCUGCGGAGAACCUACAAGUCCCCGCUUCGGCAUGCCCGGCGUGCCCAGAUUCGGAAGACUUCUGCCUCGAACAGGGCGGUGCGGGAACGGCAGAUGCUGUGCCGCCAGCUGGCCGCCGCAGGGACAGGGCCCUGCCCGGUGCACCCAGCCUCCAAUGGCACUCAUCCAGCACCCGCACUGCCCACGCGAGCUCGCAACCUUUAAGAGCCAUCCACCUCGCUGGUCGCAUCUGCAGCCAUCCAGGUAGCACCCACUCCUUGCUGCGUAGAAGUGUCCACACAUCAACGUCACCCUUGGAAGACACCCCUUUUUGCCUCUCAGACCUGUGCCACCGGACCUCUAUCCUCUCUCCAAGGCGUCCCGCCACCCAUCUUGCUUCCCCGUGUCCUGUGUUAGCUUUGUUACCCCCCCCCUUCCCCCCAGUUCAGUGCAUGCUUCCCUUCUCGCGUUUGCAACCCCAGCUCUUCCAGAGUCCGCGAGUCUGCUCCUGGGGUGCACUGACUCCACAACGCUGCCCUGGGCCACGUGGGCUGACUGCUUGGCCUGACAAGGUUCAUGGCCUCUGACCAAGCUCCCCACCUGCUUGUCUGAAGAACUCACUGGUGACACAAAGAAGACAGGCAGGUGGCUAGAGAGGGGAGUCUGACACCGGCCCCAAGGUCCAUGUCUGGUAGCUGAGUCUAGCACCUCUGGGGCCAGCUUCCCUUUGCACGAACACUCAGUCCAGCAUGCUCCAUCACGCCACUGGGUAAGGCCAGUGCUGCAGCUUCAAGGGAGAAGCCCCGAAGGUGCUGCCCCAAUGCCAGGAUUGAGCCACCAGCUUUUCUGACAAUACCAAGAAUUGGGGGGAUCUGGAACUUGCCUGCUGAAGCCAAUCAUUGUGGCUUUGGAGCACCAGGCAGUUCCAUCAGGCUGCCAUGAGCAGCACACAUGUUCAGACCCAAGGGCCACAGGCUUGGACACUUGUGUCACUUUGCUGCCCUUGAUCUCCUACGGGAGUCACCACCAGCCUCGAGUGUGCUGCUACUGCCUCCUUGUGCCCCCUGUCACUCGGUAGAGGAUCUAGCCUAACUUGAGACCCAUUCUCCAUUCAGAUUACAUGACAUUUACCCCCACACCCCUUCAGCCAUGUGCUCCACCUUUAGGUCUCCAAAGUGUAUGGCCUGUUCUUCCUAUGCCUAGGCUGCCCUGCAGGUGCCCAGCCUUUGCCCAGGGAAACUGGAUUCUUCACUAGAGGGCCAGCUCCUCUGGGAGGCAUCACUAAGCACUCACUGAUGGCGGGCCAUCAGCCUUUGCAACCUGGCCAGACCUUACUGGUCUGGGUUCCCCGGGGGAGGGGUGGAGUGAAAACAGUGGCAGCUCUGCUCUGGUGUGCAGCAGUGCAGAAGUGGAGUGUGUGUCCUGGUUCUGAGGAACCAAUCUAUACAUCCUAGUGGUGGACAGCUUUUGCUUCCCCAUGAGGAACUACCAGAACUCACAUUCUAACUAAGACUCAGAUGAGCCCUGUGGGCCACUGUGGUUCCUUCACAUUUGAAUGCCAAACUUAACGCAGGUACACCACCCCUGGGGAUCUUAUCAGGGCCAUCUGCCACUCUGAAUGGCCCUGACUCACUUGCAGGACGUGGACAGUCUCUGCACUCUCUCAUCCCCACCAAGGUCUCAGUCUUGGGGCACCCUGAGGUUAGAUCUAGGACCCAUCCUCUCUUCCUAAGAGUUUCGAUGAUGCUGGGGAGAGUGUCUGUGUUCCCAAAGCCACCACUGUCUUGCUACAUCAAGGGAGCUCUGUUUCGGGGGUUCACAGACCACUGCCACACACUCAUUGUAAACUCUGUUAGCCCAAUUGCCCUGCCAAGCAACAGCCUGCCCACAGGCUUCUAAUUCUCCUGGAUCCAGCCCAGACUGGCCAGGGGACCAUGGUGCUCUUUAAGCAUGCAUGAGGGGCGGGCCCCCAGGGGACCACCAUCUAGGAGGUGGACCUCUGUGGGGGUGUACAGGUUAUUUUUUAUACUCAGUUUUCCUCUGUCUCCAGCAGCUGUAUUGUAACACCUGCCAGGAUGCCCACACAGGAACAGGUACAGUGUCACCUGAAAGAAAAGACCUGCAGGGGUGACAGAUACUGAGGCUACCCAUGUAGUCUGGCCCAGCCAGGAUUAGGGACUCAGCUUGGGUGUGCAGCAGGAAUUCUAUGUGGCACUGAUCCCUGGGUCCACUCGUGGGAUUGUGAAAGUGCUCCCAUGUCUCUUAUGCCAUGUGUGUCCCAGGAUUUAGUAUGGCCCGGGCUGCCAUGCCUGGUGUAUGGGCCAAGGGGCUAAUUCAGGCUGCUCUGCUUCAUUCAGCUGGCUGCUUUUGUCCUGGAGCUGGGACUGUUGGUGCCACCCAUCUGCAGUCCAGCGACUUCAGAAAUGAGCUGAUCAAGAUAGGUGGGAAGGUUGCCCCUUUUCUCAGAAGAAAGCCCACAUCAGGACCACAUGAGUGGAAGACACCCUAGUUGCCAGUCAAAGAGCAUGGGACCCCAGCUCUGCACAGCCCAGAGUGAGACCGUGAGGCUGGGGAAGGGAGUGGGGCAAGGGAACUGCUCUACAUAUUUGGAGGUUGUGAGUUUCCCCAGCUUCCCUGAGAAAAGGUGUUGAGUUGUAAGAGGGGCAGGCAGUGAGCAGCAUCUAACAUUGCAUGUAAGGUUCAUUUUUUGUUUUCCAUGGUGUUGACAUUAUCUGCACUAUUGUAAGUGCUUUCUGGUCGACACAAUACCCCAUCUGGUUCGGGAGCAUUGUUGCAUAUUCAGGGUGUGAUUUGAGGUGAGCUUCAGCAUAAAGGGUGACUUUCCGUCCUCUUGUAUAGUGUGACUGUGGGGUUAACUUAAUGUUCAAAAGCACUGCCUUGACUUUUAAGGUGCACCGUGUGGCUCCCAACUAAGUAUAUGGUGAGUAGGUAAUGAGGACAAGGACAGGAGGAUUAUAAUGUGUGGAGGCAUGUUUCCCAUUUUGCUGUCCUUAGUGGGAAUGGAAGCUCCCCCUGGGUGAUGCAGUCUUGCUCUCUGGCCUACAGGGGAGCAACCACCUGGGGGAACAAGGGCAUAGACAUGGGUGAACUUGGGGAGCAAGUCCUCAGCCAGCUCUAUGAAGGGACAAGCCCUGGACCACUUCCGGUGGUGAGAAGGGCAGAGAUGAUCGGGCAGGUCCCUCUACUCUCACCUGGGCUGGAAGACAAGCCCACCUCAAGGGAUGCAUUAGGUCAGGGGUCUUUGAGGUAAGAUCCAGGGGGCUUAAGGGAGCUCAGAGCAGAGAGUUAGGCCCCCCCACCGACAGAAUGGAUUAAGUUGACAUCCUGCACUGUGCCUCAGGGUCCUGACUAGUUGUAGUGGGCCCAGCAAAAAUGGGGAAAGAAAAGCAGAUGGGAGGGCACCCUGGUUCCUCACUUCAAUGUCACUGGAACCUUUCAGUAACCAAGUACCUAUAUGCUAGGCCUUUCUGUUAUCAAAGCACUCACACACUGGAGAUUUUACAAAAUUAAAGAGAAAAAAGGUUUAAUGUGUUUGUGUCUCUUCCCAGACUCCCUCUUCCCACCCCUACCAUGGUUUCUUUGCUUUUUGUUCUGACAUAGUUGCAAUACUACCUGCUGUAACGACACAGUAUUGUGUGACUUUUCACUUAAUGUCAGGGAAGUCCCCCUUGCAUUACUAACUUUGUGUUGAGAUGACUAGACUCCACCAUCAGGUAGAUGAAUCAUAGUGUCAAUGGAUCAUCAAUGCUGUUACAAAUUUAUCCCCAUUGUAUAUGAUGUGCGUAAAGCCCCUUCAUGGUACCAUGUCUUGACAUUUCUUUAGGGUAGGUCCCCAGAGGUGGGAUUAUCGGGUUACAGAAUAUGAAAACUUUCAAGAUUCCUGUUACAUAGUGACAAAGUGGUUUUCAAGAUCUGUUUAUUUCUGUUGACAUCACCAUCAGGGAUAAAUGUGCCCAACUUAUCUGUCACCUUGCCAACACUGAAUCUUCUCAUCUGGCUAAUGAGUUGCCGAUUCAAUAACAAUGACAAAAAAAAAAUCGUGUCUCACUUUGCAUUCCUUUGAUUUCUAGCACAGUUGAACAUCUCUUCAUCUGUGCAGUUGUAAAUCUCCUUUGUGGAUUGUUAGUGUCCUUUGCUCUUACCUACUGGGGUCUGAUAACUUUGUUAUGAGCUCGUUAUAUAUUAAAAAUAUUAACCUGU